CGACAAGCCGAGAAUAAGAGAAUAAGGCGAUACUCAAUCACAGGGUCUAUUUACUAUGAAGAACAUUUCUCGAGGCAUGGUUCGGAAGAAUGGUAAACUAAUAUCUUGUGAACCGUGUCGCAUCUCCAAAAUCCGGUGUGAUCAUCAACAACCGACAUGUAGACGAUGUGAUAUCAGGGGUUUAACUUCUAAGUGCUACUAUCAUCCAGCCCCUUUAACCAGACCACGAAAGAAGACACGGGCACAUCGUAGCGUAUCUCCUGCCAACGCAUCGCGUGAGGAUGAGGUCUUCGACGCCUCUACCAGCCAGGGUGAUAGCAUCGUACCAACUGGGCCCCAGAUGAGAUCGACGCCUACCUCCCAGCCAACUUAUUUGGGACCCACCAGCUUUAUGUCAACGUUUCACCAGGAUCAACAGGAUAUGAGCCUCUCAAUACCGAAAACAGCCCAUGCAUCUACCCUGCGCAAGGCUUGGAGUGCCGACUUCACUCACGUAUUUCCCCGACUGGUGCAGCUUCUGCGGCCCCUUAGGCUCUAUGAAGAUUUAGUGACCGACAAAUACUAUCGAAGUUCGUUCACGGUAAUCCCAGCUCCUCUUAUGCUUACGCCUAUAAGGUUGCUUCGAAACCACUGGGACAGGGAGGGAUGGCCGCAAGAGGGCUUAGGAUCCCAGAUCACUCAGAACACAGCCGCCCAAUCGAUCAAGGUGGAAGCGAACAUGACAACGGACCAGUUUUACCAUUCGUUCACGGGUGCGAAUCUGCGAUGGGAGUUUGUCGGCCUCAUAUUCGCCAUGGCGGGACUCGGUGCCAGCGUGUCGUCUUCCUCCCCAUUGUACUCUCUGAAUGGCAAGGAUGAAAUCAGCUCAGAUGCUUUUGCCAUGGAGAUGGCAGCUGCAAGUCAUGCGUGUCUUGAAAUCUGCAGGCAGUACGACAAUGUGAAUGACUUGGUUGUUUGGCUUAACUACGCGUAUUACGUAUUGGCAUCAAAUAUAAUGGGAGAGACAAGUCAUCAGAUUUACGCGCAGUUUGGGGACUUGGUCUCCUGCAUUCACGCCAUGGGCCAACAUCGUUCACACCCUCCUGAGUCGUCUAUCCCAUUUUUCCUCUCGGAGACCCGCAGGAGGGUUUUCGCAGCGUCAUAUCGCACCGAUAAGAACCUCGCUACUUUCCUGGGACGGCCGCCUCGACUUCCCUACCAUUAUUGUGACGUGGAACUACCAUUGGAUCUCGAUGACCAUAGUCUCGUCCUGGAUAGUCUUGCCCUCGAUAAGGCUGUUAGGCAGCUUACAGCGGAUGGGUGGGGUACGUUCAACGGUGGCCUUCGGCCUGCUACAGUCAUCCGGCUGCGAUACAUGAUUGCGAGGCUGCGAGAGCAGGUGAUGGAACUGUCCUUGGGGCGGGGCUCAACUGGUUCCAGAGAAAAUGAACUCCAGUAGGAUGAAUGGCGUAGACUUCUCGCUCAGUCUAGCGAAACUAAUAUGCUUGUAGGGCUACCUACCAAGAGUGUAAGCGAUUGUGGGAUAGAGUCCCC